CGAACCAAAUCUCAGUAUCUCACCAGACAAUCUUGAUAACAUAAUAGGGAAGCAUGAGGCGAAUGAGAGCCAUUUGGCUUCCUCUUUGAAUGCAAAUCUUUGCCAUAUUUUUCGUGAAGAGAUUGGGGAAAUAUAAUAAUGGCAGUAUGUGUGGCCCGUAGAGCACAAGCUAUCAGACUUGUGCGGCAACUGUUUCUGAUGAGAGAGAGACAAUGAAGGAGAAUCCAGAGGAAGUGAGAGGAUGACUCUCUCACUCUCCUUUUAUUUCCCCCUCUUUCUCUUCACUUUCCUUUUAUUUGUCUCGUCAUGGAAUCUUCAUGCCUGCUCUUCCCUUGUUCACGUGAUCAUCUCUCCAAAUUCCCUUUCAAGAAAUCUCAAGGUAUUUCAAGUUCUUGUGUCGAAUUUGGCCAUAAAGAUUUGUUUUUUAUUCAUGGAGAAUUCAACAAAUUCUCGGUAUCUAUGAACUGGGGAUUCUUGCUGCUAUUGAGGCGUGAUUCUUGAAAAAAAACCAUGGGAAUGGGGAUAGUUGUGGAAGAAUUGAGAAAAGGGAAGAUGAAAUGUGGUGGUGGGAAAGAGGAUGAGAAACGGAUGGAAGAUCAUCAUCCUAUAUUUCCUAGGCUGCACAUAAGUGAUACAGAGAGAAGAGGGCCAAAAGCACCUCCAAGGAACAAAAUGGCUGCUCUUAGUGAAACACAACACCCUGCAAUGUCCUUGCCACCUAUCCCAAUGCUUCCUCUCCCUCUUCCUAAUUCCUCUGCUUUGAGCCAUGCUGCUUCUCCCUUUUACUAUCCACCUUCCUCAUCCCAUUCUUACUCUAGUGUCAUUCAUUUUACAAUGGGUGAACCAAGUUUUACAACACCGAGAAGUCUAGAUUUAGCACCACUAAAAUAUGAAAGUUUAAGUGACAAUAAAGGAGAUUUUCCAAGCACCUCUUGUCAUAGUUUAUCUGCUAUGAAGCUCGAAAAUGGUGGCAGGUUCAGUGCUCAAAAAUUCCCUCACACGGGGAAACACCCAAAAAGUGAAAAUAUUCAGAAAAUAUUGGAAAAAGAAAAAGAUACAUUUUCAAGCUCCAGUUUUUAUCAAAAAAAUCAUAAUAGUUCUGAAAAAGUAAUACAAAAAAGGAACCACCUAGGAAAAGAGAGAUACACUCUCGAAGAUGAAUAUGAUGAGGACUAUGAUGAAUAUGCGAAGAAUGCUAAGACUGAUAAGAAGAGAAGUGCUUCCGUGAUGGAAGGUCAUCAUAAAGAGAUUUCUCAUGCAGACAGAAAUGAGGAAAUUCCUUACGCCUCAGCUAUAAAUUUGUCCCCUGAUGAUGUAGUAAAAAUUCUAGGACAUAAGCUAUUCUGGAAAGCUAGGAGGACCAUUAUGCAUCAGCAAAGGACCUUCUCACUACAAAUAUUUGAGCUGCAUAGGUUAAUAAAGGAAAGUGCUUUUCUUAGCGGAUGAGUUAUUAGAUACGUAGUAGUUUAUAUCUCCUACCCCGCUAUAGGCGGGAUCCUAUGCGGCACUAUGGUUCAGAAAAUGGUUUCACGUUCUCCAGAUAUCUUAUUCGAGGAUGACUUAUUUACCGGAAAAUCUCAUAUAAAAUCAUCGUUUUUCACAAAGAAACUACCACCCAACAAUGUUAAUGAACCGCCAACCCCAGUUGUAGAAAGGAAUUCAUAUUCUUCUCAAAAACCAAAAGGCAUUUUGGGUAUUGGAUUAGAGAGCUCGAGAGAGAAGAUGCCAGACUCAGGGACGCGAACAUUGACAUCUCCGGAUCAUGAUGCCAAAUGGUACUUCCAACCACCAUAUGGAAACCAAUGGCUAGUUCCCGUAAGGUCUCCUUCUGAGGGACUGGUCUACAAACCGUAUUCAGGUCCUUGUCCCCCACCUGGAGGGAUCCUUGCCCCUCUUUAUGGUGGUUGUAGGCCAUAUGGAAUCGGGCUUUUCUCUAGCCCGCCCUACUUUCAACCAUAUGCCUUGCCUGUGAUUAGCCCGUCCGUGCGUGACACUAAUUUGGGCAGGCCUUGUGAGAAGAAAGUAGUAUGUAACAAUGGGGCUCAGAGUAGGAUCUUGUCAAAUGGAGCACCGAGUUUGCAGACAGAUAGAGGGAGUGAUCUGCAAGGAAGUACUGCAAGUAGUCCUUCUGAGAGGGUGCUGCCGGACGCGCUCUCUCUUUUUCCCACCAAACCCACAGGUGAAGAAGAUUCAGACCAACCCAUCCUGAAUCAGGUUCGCGUGAUCAAAGUUGUGCCUCACAACCCCAACACGACAUCAGAAUCCGCUGCUCGGAUUUUAAAGUCCAUGCAAGAAGAAAGGAAACAACAUUGACUCAAUGUUUAUACAUUCAUAUACGUGUGAUAUUUUUCAUCUAUCUUUUUAUUAUGUAUACACACAGGUACUCAUAAAUACACUAAAUGUACACUAGUUUUGAAUAGCAACAAAUGGUUUUAACUGUUGUAUUCAUUUCUCUUCAAUGCCCUUUUGAUCUCUUCUCCCAAUUGAGAAGAUUCUGGCAAAGUAAUUGUUUCUAUUCUAUUGAUGUGUGUUUUGAACCUAGAAAUUUUUUAAAAGGAGGUGCAACAUGGUAAAGAAAAUUAAUUACUUUUCUUAUGUUUGGUUUGAAUAAUGGCGUUUUAUACGGUACACCCGGGUGUACCUAUACACCCGUUUAUUUUGUAAUUUUAAUGAACUUUUAGGUUAGUUAUUAAUCUUUCUAUCUUCGAUCAUACUCAGCGUUCUUCUCCGCCUUUUACAUCGAUCAUCCUCUUCUGCUCUGCCAAUCAAGUUUAUUUCGAUCAUCUUCUCCAACUCGUUGUGAUCUUCUCUCGAUUUUGGUUUACACUGAUCAUCUUCUCCAGCUCGUUUUGAUCUUUUGUCGAAUUUGGUUUACAGAGAAAUCUUCUCCAGGUCGUUGUGAUUUCCUUCGAAUUUGUUUUACAACGAUCAUCAUUCCAAAUAUUUCAUCUGUACUCUUCGAAUUUGGUUUACGUUGAUCAGUUAUGUCUAAUUUUUCAGAUGAAAUUGCUUGUACUGGACAUUUAAUUGAAGACAUUGAAUCCAGAGGCGACAUAUUUGUUGUUGAUUCAACUAGCCAUUCUUCUAGCAGUUUUGAUGCUAUACCCCAAUCUGAUUCUUCCCUUGUAGUUAAAGAAGCCGAAGUUUCAGAGCUUCUUGGAAAGAUUGUUUUGUCAGAGAAUGAAGCUUUUGAUUUGUAUAAUGAGUAUGCUUUUAGAAUUGGCUUUGGUGUUCGUUAUUCUACUCUACGGAAGAAAGAAGGUGGUUGUGAUGUUAGAGGCAGAGAAUUUUGUUGCACUAAACAAGGUCAUAAGAAGAAUAAAGGUGUACAUGGUAAGGCAUUCACCAAAGUUGAUCGUCGUACAGGUUGCAAAGCAAAAAUUUAUUUUGAGUUUAGAAGUAACGGUCAAUGGGUUGUUGUUAGACAUCUUAUGGAUCACAAUCACUA